UUCACAGACCAUUGUAAGCAAUCAGAGAGGCAAAUAGAGAGCUAGAGUUAGAAGCAACAGGCAGUUCUCUCCAGAGAGACUUUGAGAGCAAUGCUCAGUCCACUGACAACAAUUCUACAUCCAGGCAGACAGGAAAAGGGAGGAUUUUCACACCGCUGCUUGCUUUGGGGCCUCAGAAGUAGCCUGUCGUCUUCACGGGUAUGCUGCACUACAGACAACUCAAAGGAAUAAACUUUAUCACUACUUUUAAACUUUAAGAGCUGCUUAUGGACACUGACAUAUCUCUCUGCAUGGCCAUCUUAUACAAUCUGGAUCAAAGGGUUUGUUUCAUUUUGCGUUAUUUUUGAACUGGUUAAAAGGGUUUGUUGAAGUUGUGCUUCCCAUGUCAGUCUUGUGAAGAUGCUGCUGGUCCUUCUCAUGUCAUGGUGGGUGUGGAUAUUGCUGGGUGCUGUUGGGGUACGGUCACAAGCUCUGCCCCAGGCUCAGGCUCCAGCUCAUGGGCAAGAAUCUUCCUCAAAUCCCUGGAGGCAAAUGAUCCAAUGGGAGAAUAAUGGUCGAGUAUUUAGCCUGCUCAACAGCGGCGCUGAAUAUGUCCCUGCUCGGGGACAGGAACAGGACAGAGGUCACCGUGUACUUUUAGCCGAUAGCCCUAAUCGCAGAUCCAGACCACAGGGAGGAAAUGUGCGUAGACAAGCACCUUCCAGAGGUGGCUCAGAAACGGUCAGGGGACAAGCCAGACACCCCUUUGGAUUUGGGCAGGUGCCUGAUAAUUGGCGUCAGGGUACAGCUGGGACAGGUGAAUCAAGUCGGUUUCAGUCAUCCUCCAGCACUCGUCACAGAACUUCCUCUGGUUCUUCAUCAUCGUCUUCAUCUUCAUCUUCCGCAUCAUCUUUUAACAUUCCACCUUACCCACAAUACCCUUUCCAACAACAGUCGUCCUACUCCGUUCCAUAUGAUCCUAUGGAACCACCAUUCCGUGGAACAGGGUAUUCCACAGGCACUGGUGGAGGAUUUGCAGGAGGAGGCUAUGCUGGUGGUGGUUAUUCUGUUGGAAGCUAUGGAGGUGUUGGAUUCACUGGAGGAGGUCUGGUUCCUGUGCCUCCAAGGACAGACCUUACUGAUGAUGGUUACCGCUUCUAUCCAUCAUAUGGUCAACCAUAUCCUGGUGUUCCUGCCCAACCUGCACAACCACCAUUCUCAGAUGGUCUGGACCGCCGGUACACCCACAGCUUGUACAGUGAUGACACAGCAGGCUUCCCUGAUACAGCUAAUGCAGCAGGAUCAGUCUCCAAUGGAGCUACAGCGGGUGUAGGGACAGCAAGCCAGCCUGCUUUGCAAAGUCCCCAGUAUGAACAGUUUCCACCCUUUGGAAGGCCCCAGCCAAAUCCUCCGUUUGUGCAGCAACCUGCACGGAACCCUCUCACCUCCAAUGUUGCCGAGAACCCUAGUGUCAGUGCGGGAAGUGUCUACAGACCUCAACAAAGAGGUCUACCCGACCUGGUUCCUGACCCUAACUAUGUCCAGGCCUCCACAUACGUCCAGCGAUCCCACAUGUACUCCCUACGCUGUGCGGCUGAGGAAAAAUGUCUCGCCAGUACAGCCUACAGCUCUGACACCACAGACUAUGAUGUUAGAGUGCUGCUGCGGUUUCCUCAGAGAGUUAAGAACCAGGGGACGGCUGAUUUCAUGCCCAAUCGACCCCGUCAUACCUGGGAGUGGCACAGCUGUCACCAGCAUUACCACAGCAUGGAUGAAUUCAGCCACUAUGACCUGCUGGAGGUCAACACAGGUAGAAAAGUAGCUGAGGGACACAAGGCCAGCUUCUGUCUGGAGGACACCACAUGUGACUUUGGCCACCUUAAACGCUAUGCCUGCACCGCUCACACACAGGGUCUCAGUCCAGGUUGCUAUGAUACAUACAAUGCAGACAUUGACUGCCAGUGGAUUGACAUCACAGAUAUCAAGCCAGGAAACUACAUACUGAAGCUCCAGGUUAACCCUAAAUACUUGGUGCUUGAGUCUGAUUUCACCAACAACAUCAUCAGGUGUAACAUUCACUACACGGGCCGCUUCGUCACGACAACGAACUGCAAGAUUUCCCAGUCCUGAUCGGCUGCUCAGGCAGACUCAGUGAGGCAGAAGCUCAUGUCCUGCCAUGCGCUGUUCCAUUGAAAUGUGAAUGGAAUACUAGUUGUUCAAGUUUUGUUGUUUUUGCCCACAUUGUUGUUUAUGUGUUGUUCUGGUCAUAUAAGCCGAUUGAAAGCUUGGGCUCAGCAUGCACUCAGACAUACAGAGAAACCCUAUCCACAAGAACACAGUGGGGUCCAACUAUCUGGGGCUAUUUUUCUUGUCUUACCCUUUUCAGCAGGUGCAAUAUGUACAUGGCAAAAAGUGAUGCACUGAAUUUACAUGAUUCAAAUGUGUCAGUUCCACAUGUGUUACAUUCAGUGUUGGUGUGAUUACUCUCAAAAAGUAAUCCAUGAUAAAUACAAUCCAUUACAAAUGACAAAUGGCUUCCCCUUAACUGUAAUGGGAUCACUUUAAUCAUUACAUCUUGGAAAAAGUUCAUUACUUUUUUUAUCAUUAUUUUUGUUCUUGAAAUUUUGACCAGUAGGACAAUAGGAAGGAAAAUUAAUUUCAAUCAAUCAAGCUUGGUCUGCUUGGAUAUUUACACAAUCUUUUCUUCAGCAGAGGGAUUUUUCUCCACCAGCUUCCUAUUAACAACAUUAGAUGCUUUGACAGAUUGUUUUCCAAGUUAAUGUCCCUUCCAAUGCUCAUGCUGCACUGCUCACAUUCACUACCAAAGUCACAUUCAUCCGUCACGAGCAGCAUACGUGCACAAACUAUGUGCAGUAGCAGACACAAAUAAUCUACAUAGAGGAAAUUUAUGUUUUAAAAGCAUUCUGCAUCAUUAAUGCUGCUCUGUUAGAGACAUGAAUAAUGCAAGUAAUUUUAUUUCAUAUUAAGUCAGUAACUAUAAUGUACAGAACUUAAACUGUACUGUGUUACACUACUGCAUUACACGGAAAAAUAAUUAUAUCUCUUUAAUUUGUUACUUUGUACCGCAUUACCCCCGACACUGGUUACACCUACAAAAGUCUUGCCAAUAGAUUUAUGUCUGAAAGACAGUAAUUGUGUUGAUGUUGCAUCAUUUAUUCAUGUAUUAACUGAAUGACAUAAAUUCAAAGCAGUACACACACACACACACACACACACACACACAUACACAGGUCAAAUUACAUGUUUUGACGAUGCUGUACUAUGCACAUCCUGUUCAGAGAAUAUGUUUAAAUAAGGCAUUUUUUUGCAAAAUUCUGUGCACAGUUCCAUUUAUUUGUUAAGUGUAAUACAUAAAAAAAUAAACAUAACAAAUGUUUUUUGCCAACUGAGAAACUUACGAUUAAAAAGCUAAUCAUUGGGUCACUAAGCAUUUAUUUACUUAAAAAAAAACUAAUAUCACCAACCAUAUACAUAAUAAAAUAUAAAUAAUAUGCAUUUGAUAUUUCACAUUUAUUGCCAAGAUAAAUGGUUUUGCACAGUACAGUAUAUAUGUAUGUGUAUCUACUCUCUUAAAAAUUAUGUUUUUUAGUUCAGAAAAUGGUUCCAUAUAGAACCAUAAACAUUAAAAGAAUGCUUUCUGUGAUUACAUGGUUCUUUGAAUGAAAGGGUUCUUCAGAUUGAUGGAGAAUGUGCUGUAGAGGGUUCUGUAUAGAAACUAUUUGAAAAGUGCUCUAUAUAGCACCAAAAUGGGUUCUUCUGUUGUUGUGUAUAACAAUAGAAGACCCCUUUGUGGUGUUAUAUAGAACCCUUUCCAUAAAGGUUCUGUAUAGGAUCAUAUAAACACAUUCUAUCAAUCCAUCUAUCAAAACCCUUUACUGCAACAUUGCUAAGAACCGUUUAAUCAUGCUAAGGGCUCUUUCAGUGUUCAUUUUCUUUACUAAAGAAGUGUGUGUGUGUGUGUGUGUGUGUGUGUGUGUGUGUGUGUGUG